AUGGCUGACAUAGUGCAAUACAAGUUGGAGCGCAUGGUCGACGAGCUCGAAGAUCUCGAGCAACGCGGCCUAUUCACCCGCCAAGAAAUCGCCGAGAUCGUCAAACAGCGGCGGAAAUUCGAGUACAGGCUAAAACGACCUUCUCCCCUGAAGGAAGAUUUCGUGGCGUACAUCGAGUAUGAGACACAGCUUGAUGCUCUCCGCACUCUCCGCAAGAAAUCGGUGACGCGCGAGUUAAAGAAACAGGGAAACAAGAAUUUGAGAAAAUCGAAGUCCGAUUUGGCUGGAUUGAUUCGGAUUAUCGAUAUCUAUGAACUUGCCUUGAAGCGGUAUAAGGGUGAUAUUGAUCUUUGGUUUCGUUAUCUUGAGUUUUGUAGGCUCAGGAAAAAUGGCAGAAUGAAGAAGGCACUUGCAAAACUUGUUAGGUUGCACCCAAAGGUUGCAGGAGUUUGGAUAUAUGCUGCAGCUUGGGAGUUUGAUCAUAACUCGAAUGUGGUGGCUGCUCGUGCUUUAAUGCAGGAAGGUCUUAGAUUUUGUCCAACAUCAGAAGACCUUUGGGUGGAGUAUCUUCGGAUGGAACUCACGUACCUUAACAAGUUGAAGGCCAGGAAGGUUGCCUUGGGUGAAGAUAAGGGAACACUAACUCGUGAUCCUAGAACUGAGGAUGAUAAACAAUGGAAAGAUGAAAACAAAGAGUUGUUUAUGACCCUUGAUGAAAAAGAGGAUAAUGAUGGAGAAAAUGUUGUACCAGAGGAUAACAAUGGAGAAAAUGUUGAACCGGAUGAAUCACAGACGAAUCAGGAACUAUUUGCUGACCAUGGUAUGGACAUUUUUCGAACUGUCUAUGGUGGAGCGAUUGAAGCUGUCCCUUCGAGUCUUAAUCUUAGGAAGAGAUUUUUUGAAAUAUUGGAGGGAACAAACUUGUCGCGUCAUGAAGAUAUGUGCAAAGAGGUACUAUAUGACAUGAAGAGGGAUUUUUCGACUGAACCGGGAUUUUGGGACUGGCUUGCAAGGCGAGAAUGCAAUCUUGAAGCUGUGCUUGAGAAUGGACAAGAAAUUAAAAUUCCUCUUGUGGAAAAAGCAAUUCAGGUUUAUGAGGAGGCUUUGAUGAGUAUGCCUUGUGGAACUAUGUUUAGUUUGUAUGCAAGUUUUCUAACGGAUAUUGUAGCUCCUAAAGAUGAAGAAAUCGAUAUAACCGGGUUAUCGGGUCAUGCUGAAAACUUUUUACCACAUCUCCUCUCAGUAUAUGAAAGGGCUGAAAGCAUGAGAAUCAUUACUGAAGAUCUUGCUUGCAAUGGAAAACUUGCAGAAUCAGUGCAAUUAUGGGAAUUAAGGAUAGCUAUAGAAAUUUCAGGCAUCACACGAAGUUCUUUGUUGCCCAGUGAUACUGAUUUGUUAUACCUUUUUGAACUCCUUAGAGAAAUUUUGACCAAAGUCCCUGUUUCAAAAUCAGAGAACUUGUGGCUAAAGGCCCUUAAAUUCUACGCAAGUAAAAGACGAUACUUUGAUAAACUGGUGGAGAUUUCUUUUCGUCCUUUGGCCAGAGAUGGUGGUAGUGAAAGUGGAUUUUCCCUUUCCUCUACCAUUGUAGGUUUCAUACUUCAAAAAGAUGGAAUUCACAAGGCCAGAGAUAUCUAUAAAAGAUUUCUAGCUUUACCACAUCCCGGCCUUGCAUUAUAUAGGAAGUGUAUUGAGCUGGAAACAGACCUUGCUUCAAAAGGAGAUAAAGAUAGUCUCGCAAAUGCCAGGAAAUUAUAUGAAUCUGCACUUGCAACUUAUGACCAAAAUGUUGGCUUGUGGCAAGAUUACUAUCGCAUGGAGACCAAUGUGGGAACAUCACAAAAAGCUACCGCUGUCUAUUGGAGUGCAAUGAAAACACUUAAAGAUGCUAGUGAAUUUACAGCCACUCUAGAUUUGUGA